AGAGAUAAGAGUUAUCUCUAACCAAAAUCGGUUAUGAGAAGUUGUAUAUAUACUGUUAUACGUGAAUGAAUAAAGCCGAAGCAGUUCUAUUAGAUUCACACUUCUCUAUUUAAUUAUUCUUGUUAUAAAUGGAAUAUCCAUUGGUAUAGUUUUUUUUUGCUUAGUGAUAAGUUGAUAACACAUGCUGUGUAUAUUUAAAAGGAAUUCAAGACAUUUUAUUUUUAGUUAAAAUCGAAAUUUUAACGAUUAUAGUCCUAAUACAAGCAAUUACGUAAAAAUAAAAUAAUCGAUCCAACGUUUAAGAAUAUACUGUAUUGGAUUGUGGGAACAAAGACAGAUUUUGCUAUUUUCCUUUUUGGGUUGGUGACUACAUUAUCUUUUGUUGUGAAAUAUAAAAAAAAAAGGAAACUGAGAGUUGCAGAAAAAGGAAAUUGGGAGUUGUCGACGCGUUAUCCGUAUCCGUAUAUAUUUUAUUUGUUGCGACGCUCUCUGAUCAAACGUUAUUUGCGAAGUCUCUCAUAUUUCACUUCACUUAGGGUUUCGUUCUUCUAAGCUUUGAGAAUCCAUCUUCAACUGUUUGCAAUGGCAGGACCAGAUUUGUUCUUUGUUAAGCUCCUCGGUCAAGGUUCGUUUGGUUCGGUCAGUCUCUAUCAAGGCGUACGCUACGACGGCGCUAUGAUUUCUGUAGCCGUCAAAACCUCCGACAGUCAACAUGCCGAGUCUCUAUUCAGAGAGGUUCAAAUACUGUCUGAAUUUAAAGGGUGUCCGAGAAUCGUCCAGUGCUACGAGACAAGAGUGGAAGCAAGUCUCAACCGAUUUAAUGGUAGCGUGGAGUACAAGAUUCCCUUGGAGUACGCUCCUGGUGGAAGCCUGAUGAGUUUCAUCAAAACAUUCAAAGACAAUAAGCUGCCUGAUCCUAUGAUCAGAGACUUUACUCGUAUGCUUCUCCAAGGGUUAGCCACGAUUCACGCACACGGUUACGUUCACUGCGACCUCAAACCAGAGAACAUCCUCGUUUUCCCUAGCUACGUCAACAACAACGGCGCGUGGAGAUCUUCUUUCGAGUUGAAGAUUUCUGAUUUCGGCUUGUCGAGAAGGGAAGGAGACAGUAGCUGGUGGGAACCUAAUCAUCCGUUCGCGGGAACAUCGAUCUACAUGUCUCCUGACUCGGUUUCGUACGGGGAGACAGGGAAAGACCUCGACUUGUGGUCGUUGGGGUGCUGUGUACUGGAGAUGUACACUGGGGAGGGACCAUGGUGGCAUAAGCACUAUGAAGUGGAUGAUCUCAUGAAUGGCCAAGAGCCGCUGAUUCCGAGUUACCUUCCUUUCGAAGCAAAACUCUUUAUCAUGACUUGCUUUGCGCCGAGGACAAAAGACGCGACAAGAUUGUUGAAGCAUAUCUUCGUACGUGGAGACGAGGGGAAGAUGAUCACACAGCCUUCUCCUGUGAGUGAUAAUAUAAAGGCAGAAUCAGCUCUGCAACUGGCGAACUUUGUUAGAAGGAAUGUUUCUACAACCAAAACCAUUCGUGUGCUUGCUGCUGCUCAAGUCAUGCCUAGCAAGACCAUCAUGGCCUAGCUUUGCUCCUGUUUCCACUACCUCAUCUUCUUUAAUCAGUAGUUCAUCUCGUUUAUUUUAAUUGAUUUGGUAGAGAAUUAUGUAUAUUGGCUUUUUGUCUAUAAAACAAUUUGAUACUU